UCGGGAAUUAGUGGGGCGCUUCCCAAGAUGGCGUGCGUGCUGAAGGCCGUGGCUGCGAGCGCCCUGGGCGUAGGGCGUUUUUCCAGACUUCAAAUUCCGUUUCCAACAGUAAGAACUUUUUCCACGUCACAGUCCUCGCAUCACGUGGCAGGUCCUCUAUGGAACCUGGGUCGCCUCAAUCAUGUAGCGAUAGCAGUGCCAGACUUGGAAAAAGCCAAAGCAUUUUAUAAGAAUGUUCUGGGGGCCCAGGUAAGUGAGGCAGUCCCUCUUCCUGAGCAUGGAGUAUCUGUUGUUUUUGUCAACCUGGGAAAUACCAAGAUGGAACUGCUUCAUCCAUUGGGAAGUGACAGUCCAGUUGCAGGUUUUCUGCAGAAAAACAAGGCUGGAGGAAUGCAUCACAUCUGCAUUGAGGUGGAUGAUAUAAAUGCAGCUGUGAUGGAUUUGAAAGAAAAGAAGAUCCGUAGUCUAAGUGAAGAGGCCAAAAUAGGAGCACAUGGAAAACCAGUGAUUUUUCUCCAUCCUAAAGACUGUGGUGGAGUCCUUGUGGAAUUGGAGCAAGCUUGAUUUAUAUUUGCAAGAAACUAAGUUAAUUGACCUGAAAAAGCCUCAUCAGAAUGAACUUUGGCAUUGAGUCCUUCACUGCUUCCAUCACUGAAAAGUUCAAAGCUAAAAACUAAAUUGCAGGAAGAGUUUUUUUAAAAUUAUACAUGUAUAUAUUUGUUAAUUACUUUGGAUUUUUUUCCUGAUUUGGAGAAAACUUUGAUUACUAAAUACUUAGGGACUAUUAAUAAAAUCUUAUAUUCAUAGAAAUAAGUUAUUUCUGUUCUAAAAUGGGGUAAUUGAGGGGCCAGCCCAGUGGCGUAGCGGUUAAGUUCAUGCGCUCCGCUUCAGCAGCCCAGGGUUUGCGGGUUUGGAUCCCAGGUGCAGACCGACGCACUGCUUGUCAAGCCGUGCUGUGGCGGUGUCGCAUAUAAAGUAAAGGAAGAUGGGCACAGAUGUUAGCCCAGGGCCAAUCUUCCUCAGCGAAAAGAGGAGGAUUGGCAACAGAUGUUA